AUGUCCCGAAUAGUGCUGCUGUCAAUUGCAUUGCCUUUUCUGUGUUGCUUGCUUCCAGCGGUCCAGGCUGAUGAGGCGGAGUUCGUCCAAGGAAUACUGCGUGCAGCCGAUACGCCUGUGUACAUUGCAAAGCCAUGCGAUGGGACAAUACUUACUACAUGCCAGUCCUGUGACACGAUCCAAAUUUGUCUUGGUGGCUCGUUUAACAACUUGAACCUCAACCGGGUGUGUCCAUCGUCAACUCCGUACUGCGUUCAGGGUGCUUCCCAAACCGGUGCCGCUUGUCAGUCAUCUCCGGACAGUCAGUGUGGUGUGUCAUCGACAAACGGAUUCACCUGCACUGGCGUUGGCUUCUUCCCGGAUCCAACUUCUUGCCAGUCGUAUCACUACUGUGAACAGGAAGGUCAGGUAGGGGACACCUACGAUUGCCCCGUGGGAUACCAAUACAACAGCCGUAGUCAGCAAUGUACUCGAUUCGGUUUAAGACGCUGCCAAACAAUCACAUGUGACCCCACCAGCCAAAAGGUGUUCAUUCCGUACCCGAUGGAUGAUUCGUACUAUGUUUACUGUCAGUAUGAUUAUAGUACUGCAGUUCCCACGUUCCAGAAGGCCUUCAUGCUAUCCUGUGGAAAAGGAUCCACGUUUAAUGCCCAAAAAGAAGUGUGCACAUUCCAAUGCAGAAGAGUUGGAUUCUUCGUAAAUACGGCAAACCCCAAUCAGUACUUUUCGUGCUACCGUCAAGGAUUUCGAUGGAUGGUAUCGGUGAAUACCUGUUCCAAUCCGAAUUACAUGUUUGAUGAAAAGCUAAUGAGGUGCAUAAAUAAUCCGAAUGCGGUUACAACUACCAUGAGCCCAACGACGGUGCUUCCUGACACGACAACGGUAGCUGGUGAAACGACAACUGUAGCUGGUGAAACGACAACUGUAGCUGGUGAAACGACAACUGUAGCUGGUGAAACGACAACUGUAGCUGGUGAAACGACAACUGUAGCUGGUGAAACGACAACUGUAGCUGGUGCAACAACGACUUUGACUCCGGACACGACAACUGUAGCUGGUGCAACGACAACUUUGGCUCCGGACACGACAACUGUAGCUGGUGCAACAACGACUUUGGCUCCGGACACGACAACUGUAGCUGGUGCAACAACAACUGUAGCUGGUGCAACGACAACUGUAGCUGGUGCAACGACAACUGUAGCUGGUGAAACGACAACUGUAGCUUGUGCAACGACAACUAUAGCCGGUACAACGACAACUGUAGCUGGUGAAACGACAACUGUAGCCGGUGCAUCGACAACUGUAGCUGGUGAAACGACUACUGUAGCUGGUGAAACGACAACUGUAGCUGGUGAAACGACAAGUGUAGCUGGUGAAACGACCACUGUAUCUGGUGAAACGACAACUGUAGCUGGUGCAACGACAACUGAAACUGGUGAAACGACAACUGUAGCUGGUGCAACGACAACUAUAGCUGGUGAAACGACAACUGUAGCUGGUGCAACGACAACUGUAGCUGGUGAAACAACAACUGUAGCUGGUGCAACGACAACUGUAGCUGGUGCAACGACAACUGUAGCUGGUGAAACGACAACUGUAGUUGGUGCAACGACAACUAUAGCUGGUGAAACGACAACUGUAGCUGGUGCAUCGACAACUGUAGCUGGUGAAACGACAACUGUAGCCGGUGCAUCGACAACUGUAGCUGGAGAAACGACAACUUUGGGAAUUGCAAGGUUGGCUGAUUCGUCAGUAGUUGUGAAAACGAACUGUUUGAAAUUUCUCAGAGAUCUGAUGCGCAGAAACAACAUUCUGGACGACUGA